AUGGAUUUCCGUGGCCGCGCAUACCCUAUACCACCCUACCUCAACCAAAUGGGCGCCGAUCAUUGUAGAGGACUAUUGAGGUUUGCCAACGGUCGCCCGCUAGGGAAACGGGGACUAUGGUGGCUAAAGAUACAACUAUCAAAUGUGUACGGAUUCGACAAGGCAAGCCUCUCUGACCGGGCCAAGUUUCCUAUGGACCACCUUGAAGAGAUCCGAGACUCAGUGGAGCACCCGUUCGAUGGGAAACGCUGGUGGCUUACCGCGGAAGACCCUUGGCAGUGUCUUGCGGCUUGUCAUGAGCUCGUAGAGGCGCUGAAGGCGCCCAACCCCGAGGAAUUCAUUUCCCAUCUGCCUGUCCACCAGGACGGUUCAUGCAACGGACUGCAGCAUUAUGCGGCCCUGGGCGGCGACGUGGAGGGCGCGCGCCAGGUCAAUCUUGAGCCGGGUGAUAAGCCAGCGGACGUCUACUCGGGCGUUUGCGACCUUGUCUCGGCUGAAGUAGCUGCUGAUGCUGCAAAAGGUCACGAGAUUGCUGCGCUGCUCAACGGCCGCUUAAAGCGCAAGAUCGUGAAGCAGACUGUGAUGACUAACGUCUAUGGGGUCACAUUCAUGGGCGCGACUGCUCAAGUACGCAAGCAGAUUGAUGCUCUACUGCCGGAUAUCGGGGAGAAGCGCCUGUCCGGACGAGCUUCGCUGUACAUUGCCGAGAAGAUUUUCAGAGCACUUGGCCAACUUUUCAAUGGUGCCCAAACCAUCCAGUAUUGGCUGGGAGAUUGUGCCAACAGAAUCUCGAGCUCCGUGUCUCCUGCACAAAUGGACAAGAUUACUGAAGCCAGCUCUACGCCGGGUGGCGGUGAAACAACCCACGCUGGUCGACGCAAGCCGUCGGCGCCGUCCAAAGUCAAAUCCAGGACCACUCAACUGAAGGGCUCAGAGUUUCGAUCAAGCGUGAUCUGGACGACACCACUCAAGCUACCUGUAGUCCAGCCCUACCGUCAGGCGAAGGGUGCGUCCAUUCAGACUAAUCUGCAAGCGAUCACCUUGUACGAACCUACAGUUGCGGAUGCGGUCGACAAGCGCAAGCAACUACAGGCAUUCCCACCCAAUUUCAUUCAUUCGCUGGAUGCAUCACACAUGUUGCUCUCGGCGUUGAAGUUAGACGAGCUCGGGUUGUCUUUCGCCGCUGUACAUGACUCUUUCUGGACGCACGCAGCAGACGUGGAUGUUAUGAAUAGGCUUCUGCGCGAAGCAUUCAUUCGUAUGCAUUCGGAAGACAUCAUCGGACGACUAGCCGCAGAGUUCAACAAACGGUAUGAGAAUCAUGUCUACAUGGCCGAAAUCAGCAAGACUUCGCCAGUGGCCAAGGCGAUCUCGGAAUAUCGCAAGAACUCGGGACGGAGGAGCGUCACGCAACAGAAAAACUAUGAGCUACUUCGCGAAAUUGAGAAGAGACGUCUGAUGGCUAGCGAAGAUCCGACAGAACGGAAGAAGGGUGCGGAAAUGGUAACAGCAGCCACUAUCUUCAAGGACUUCCGGGGUGAUCGACAUAUUAUAAGCAAGGACAGCCUGGGACAAACGGCAAUGGCUGCUGUACCCAAGGGCGUCACAGAAGGGGCAGCAGAAGCUGCGCUUGAGCAGCAUGCUACAGAAACAAUGGCUGCAUCGAACCAAGCUCCUAACGGUCCGACACCGGCAGAUCAAGAGGUGGAUGAUGAUUUGACAGAGAUGCCUACUGGAACCACGAGCCUGGAUGGAAGUGAAAGCGCGCCAUCGCCAGGUUCGAAGCAGCGACAGAAGAAGAAGUCUGCCCACAGUAACAAUCAGACAUGGGCGUGGCUACCAUUGACUUUUCGACCUGUUCCCGAGAAGGGAACUUUUGAUGUGCGGCGACUCAGAGAUUCGCAGUAUUUCUUCUCAUAG